AUGCGGUACAUCUACUCCCAGGAAUCGCUGGAAGUCCCAGAGGGCGUCAAGGUCCACAUCAAGACCCGCCAGGUCACCGUCGAGGGCCCUCGUGGCAAGCUCACCAAGGACCUGGGCCACAUCGCAGUCGCAUUCUCGACCCCGAAGCCCAAUGUCAUCAACAUUGAGCUGCACCACGGCUCGCGCAAGAACGUUGCCACCCUCCGAACUGUCCGCACGCUCAUCAACAACCUGAUCAUCGGUGUUACCAAGGGCUACAAGUACAAGAUGCGAUACGUCUACGCCCAUUUCCCCAUCAACGUGAACUUGGACAAGAACAAGGAGACUGGUCUGUACGAGGUUGAGAUCCGAAACUUCUUGGGCGAGAAGAUCGUGCGCAACGUCACCAUGCAACCCGGCGUGGACGUCGAGGCCUCCAAGAACGUCAAGGACGAGCUCCAGCUCACCGGCAACUCGCUCGAGGCCGUAUCACAGUCGGCCGCCGACAUCCAGCAGAUCUGCAGAGUGCGAAACAAGGAUAUCCGGAAGUUCUUGGACGGUCUGUACGUCAGCGAGCGCGGCAACAUUGUCGAGGAGUAG